CAGAUCUACAGAACAUGUAGACUGGCACUGGAAACGAUGUGAGGCCGAUCCAGGUGCGUGGAAGUCAGCUGGGCUUGGCUGGAGCUGUGCUCCAGCAGCAACGCAGUCAUAACUUGGCGUACAUAACUUUGUAACUAAAUAUAAAUGCGGCUUCAUAAAUAUCCCCGUCUGCUCGUCUGCAAAGAAGGCUUCUAGAGGCACCCUAUAUUCAGCAUGGCAGGCUGUGGAGAAUUGGACUGCUCAGUGAAUGCCCUGACUCCCUCCAAGCUAACAGAGGAAGUAGGAAAUACUUGUGCCACAGACUCCUCCAGCUCCACUACCAUCCCAGAGUGUGCCAUCUGCCUGCAGAGCUGCGUCCACCCCGUACGUCUUCCAUGCUGUCAUGUCUUCUGUUUCCUGUGUGUGAAAGGUGCCUCCUGGCACAGCAAGCGUUGUGCUCUCUGCCGGCAGGAAGUUCCAGAAGACUUCCUUGAGCGGCCAGUUCUCCUUUCACCUGAAGAACUGAAGGCAGCAGCUGCAGGUGUGACCCAAAGUGCAGGGACCAGUGGUAGUUCCUGUGGAGACUAUGCAUGGUACUAUGAGGGGCGCAACGGCUGGUGGCAGUAUGAUGAGAGGACCAGCCGUGAGCUGGAGGAGGCCUUUGCCAAGGGCAGGAAGAGCACAGAGAUGCUAAUUGCAGGAUUUCUUUAUGUAGCCGACCUGGAGAACUUGGUGCAGUAUCGCCGGAAUGAGCAUGGCCGCAGGCGCAAGAUAAAGAGGGAUGCUGUAAAUAUCCCCAAGAAGGGAGUGGCAGGACUAAGAUUAGACCCUGAACCUGCACCUACCCCUGCUUUACCAGCUGUCAGCCCAGCUGCAACAGAACGUGUCAGCUCAGCUGAUGGGUCGGACACUGCAGGCCAAUCACAGCCAUCGUCAUUUGGAAUUUUGUCUCUUCCCCCUGUUAGACCUCCAACGCUGCUGGGACGCCAACUCACCACUCCUUUGUCUCCCUCACCCUCAACCCUGGAAGAGUCUUUCUCCCAGCUCCUAAUCAGCCAGCCAGAGGGGGAAGAGGUGGAAGGAGACGAUGAGCUCCAGAUGUAUGAGUAUGCAUCCGGCAACAGUGAGAGCGAGGAGGACAGGGAGGGUGAGAGAGGGAGAGAGAGAAGACAUAGACAGAGACCAUUAAGAGAGAGCCAGCCAACCAGAAUGCCUCCAAGAGGCGGGCCCUCCAGCUCUUCACUCAGUCUCCGCUCACGUAGUCCCGAUGGACAGUGCACUGUGACAGAAGUGUGACAGUGGUAUCUGUCCUCCAGAUGACAGAUCUGAAACUCUCUCUCAGUUCAGCAAAAAAGUCAGAAAACUAGUAUGCAUCUUUAAAGGUCCCUUGAAAUGAACAAUCCCUUUGUUUUGGUGUUACAUCAGUCACUGGGUGGAUCCCCCUCAGUGGCCGACUCUUUUUUUCCAAACUAGCUGGUCUAAAAAGGUAACUAGCUGUAGCAGUAAUGACAUGGGUCACAGCUGUGUACUUGGAUGUUGGUUUGCAAAAACAUCACUGACAGCUCUUUCCACUACUAACAUUUAAUUACUUAACACUUGCUCUCCACCUGAUAGAAGACUCCUCCACCCACUAUUAUGUUUCAUGCAGAAAUACCUAAAACUGUCAAAAAAAGGUUACAACAUUAAACCCAUUCCAAGGGACCUUUUAAUACAUAUUUUUCAUUUUUGUUAAAGACUUAAAAUACUAGUGUCAGCAAGCAAUAUGAGGCAGUGGUAGUCAUGGAUCACUCUCAACAACAGUCUUGUCUCCAGGCCAAAAGCUGUGGCAUCUUCUUGAGCAUUGUUGUCAAAAACCUACCAUCUGUCACUGCCUUUACAUUAGUUUGUGACAGCGCAAUACAACAUCUUUGGAAUUAAACUACUCCCGUUUUGUUCUCUAAUCUUUUGAGCUCAUGGCUGAUGUUUUUUUUUCUAUUUUGGAGUGAUGAUAUAAAAAUCAAGCUUAAAUGUAGCACCAUAUGUACCAGUUACAGAUGGUCAAAACUGCUUUCCCUGCUUUGCCGAUUAGGUUUUUGAAGUAAUGAAGUUUUAAUCAGGACCUAAUUAUUAAGUAUUUAAACUAGAGUUUGUGUGUGUGUGUUUGUGAGUGUGAAUAUGUUUAAGUGUAUGAGGAGGUGAGAGGUUGGAUUCUCUUGUUUUAAUUUUGAUGUGUGUUUGUCUUGUUGUGAGCAGUGUUGAGUGCUAAAAAGCUACUGGCAGAAUCACUGGAAAGUAUUAGGCUAUAUAUGUAGAGAGACACAUUUGGAUUUCUAUUUUUUGUCAUAGCACUUUUGAUAGAGCUACUAUCAAAGCACUGGCAUUGACAUGUACUUGGAUGAGCUUGAGCUGUCCUCACAUGCUCUGUUUUGUUCGCCUUUUUGUUCCAGCUGCUGUUAUUUCAACUGUCAACUAGUUGGUGUCUUACUGUCUGAAUUACUGUAAACAAACCUCUGUCUGUGUGGUGUAGCCCCUGUGGUGUUUUUGUCAAGUUAUUAAAGUGUUUAUGUUGAUUAAAAUCA